AUGUCGUUCCAUGGUCCGGUCGACAUGAAGGCACGCGGCUACCAGAUGGUGUUCGGCGCCGUUGACAUCGGGCUGUUCCGGAAGGCCUCCGUGAUGAGCUUGACUCAGGGCUCCGAUGAGGAGGUCGGCGAUGGUAAAGACGCUGAUGAAAAGUACUGGAGUGGGCUCAAUCGAACACGCGUAGAUUUGUUUCUGCAACAACAAUUUUUUGUUUCAGUCUGA